AAUUUAUGAGCAAGCAACUUUCGAAGAUACAUACUCCAAUUAUUAAACAUGACAAUUUACAAUUUAUUCGUUCUGUGUGGAACAAGGUAACAAGAUGCAAUUAACUUGUCUGCUACAAAUUAUUUGCUUGUUAAAUAUAAACUAUGCAAAUCUUAAAUUAAUAAAUUUUACCAAUAUUACCUGCGAAACUAUGGAUACAACUAUAAGUACCAUCGAGUAUUGUUACAUAGGCCAUGUAAAUGAACUGAAAAACUAUAUGAGCUUACGUUACGCUCUCAGAAAGCCGAUCAUAAAGGAUAUUGGCUUUCACUUGCAAUUAAUGAUACGAAGCAAUGGUUGGAAACCAUUUCUCUAUGGCAUUGAUAUCGACAUGUGUCGUUUUUGGAAAUCAAAUUACAACGCCAUUGCCAAGCUCGUUUUUUCUCUUCUCGAAGGCCACACAAACAUUAAUCACAGUUGUCCUUAUAAGGAUGAGAAGUACAUAUUUAUUGAUAAUCUCAUGAAUACGGAUAUAUCUCGAAAAAUUCGCGGACUUCCUUUUGGCAAGGGGCUUUAUGCGCUGAACGUUGAAUGGUCGUGGAAAAAUAUAUCGCGUGUUCGGGCAAAAAUAUACUUUGAGGUUUUGAAGGUCUAACUUUAGAGUGUGUAAAUAUUUUAACAUCGACAUAUAUUAUUGAGCCAGCUAUUGACGUAUUUAAUAUUUUUAUAUUAAUAACAAUGUUUCAAUGUACUAUAUGGUUUAAUUAUAAAACAAUUAAAUAUUAGUGUAUUUUAAUAUAAAUAA